UAUAAACUUAGGGUUUUUAUAGCUUUGGUGGUGAUCUCUUCUAGGUGUAUUCUUAUUGGGAGAUAAACUUUGAAAAGAUUUUAUUUUGGGGUUUGUUUGGGAAGCCAAUGCCAUUUGUUUAAAAUUAUUCAAAGAGGACUAAUUUUCAAUGUCUUGGGCUGGCCCUGAUGAUAUCUUUCUCUCCACUUCUCUUGCAACUUAUCUCGACAAGAAACUCCUUGUCUUGCUGAGAGAUGGCCGGAAGCUUUUGGGAUUACUACAUUCUUUUGAUCAAUUUGCUAAUGUUGUUCUAGAAGGAGCUUGUGAACGGGUUAUUGUUGGCAAUUUGUACUGUGAUAUCCCGUUAGGUCUCUAUGUAAUCCGUGGAGAGAAUGUUGUCUUAAUAGGAGAGCUGGACUUGGAGAAGGAGGAGCUUCCACCACAUAUGACUGCUGUGUCGGAAACCGAGAUAAAAAGGGCUCAGAAAGCAGAAAGGGAAGCAACAGAUCUAAAGGGCUCCAUGAGAAAAAGAAUGGAGUUCCUUGAUUUUGAUUAAUAGAUCCUUCCAGUUCGUUAGAGUUUCAUGCUAUGUUCGCAAAUAUUAGUGUGAUUUUGACCCAAAAUUUGAAACAACGGUGGGAUAGCAUGAAAGGGUAAAAGUUCUCAAUCAUUCGGAAGACCUUGUAUAUCUGCUAAAAGCUUGGGGAGAGGUUCAUUUUUCCCCGUCUCUUAAGAGGCAAGUAAGAUGAUUUCCUCUACGUGCACUACGAGUUUUAGGGUUCUAGAAGUUUUCUGUUUAUACCCGAAACUGUCUUUACUCUCCUUAUUUUAAGUUUCUCUCUACUUCCUUUCUAGACCUUACAUUUCAUUUGACUAGAGAACUGUUCAA